AAAACAAUACAAUUUAUUAACACUAACCAUACAAAACAUAAACGCAGUGCAAUACUAAACAUAAUACAGUGCAAACAAACCAAACCACCCACAGAUAACGAAGUACAUACAAGCAAGCGUCGUCAGGCAGGCCGGUCAAUACUCAAUUGGGCAGGUAGGUACAGGGGGGAGCAAGCAGAGAAUGGUCGGGGGGUCACAGGCCAGGUUCAGCAGGUAGCAAGCACGCGUAGUACAGAGGGUCAGGCAGAGGGAUGGUCAGGGUCACAAGCCAGAGAUCAAAAAAGGUAACAAGCAGCAGGGACAGAAACAGGAUGCAGGACAGAUACAGGGCCCAGGACAAACACAACACCAAGGCAGAGUCUGUGGGUCUGGCCAU